AUGUCCAUUCGUCGAUCCGCAACAAGGCGUGGCCCCCCUCCGGUGGCCACUCCUAGACCGAAAAAGGGCUAUGGGAAUGUUGAGCAGGGUCUCGAGCAGAUUUACCCCAGCCCCUCUUCUGACAAGAAGACGGAUAUGGAUAUCGUCUUUGUCUCGGGACUCGGCGCCCAUCCAGUAAGGAGCUUCGAGCACGGUGACACUGGUUUUAAUUGGGUAAAAGAUGAGGAUGGCAUCGCUCGCGAGUUCCAAAAUGCCCGUAUUCUUCUUUACCAUUCAGAGUCUUCAUGGACCGGGCCCAUCAAAGUGAAGCAGUUUCUUUCAAACCUGGCACAGACUUUACUUGAAAGUCUGCACGCGAAGAGAGAGAAUGCCGCCUCGCUCAGGCCUAUCACAUUUAUUGGGCAUAGUAUGGGCGGACUUGUCAUUGCUAAGGCCGUCUGUUUGGCCUUCUCUAAAUCAGACCUUUACCCAGGCAUGUUUGAAAAUAUAGCUGGCUGCGUAUUCUUUGGAACUCCUUUUCAUGGCGCUCAAGCUGCAUCUUGGGCUUGCAUGCUUGAGAAUGCCAAGGAAACGGUUUCACACGCUGCAGACAAGGGGGGCGCUUCAACAACUUCCGCACUGCUAGAGCUUAUGAGACCCAGUGAUGAGUCCCUGAAAGAACUGAGGAAAGAGUUCAUCCGGCUCGCAGUCAAAGAGCCUAAAAUCGAUUUAUGUGGCUUCUGGGAACAACAUCCCACAACGAUCAGAGAUCUGAGCGGCAUGCCUGAGUUUCUUCGAGCUCUUAAUAUUCCACUUCCUAAAAGCAUUGGGAACUUUGUCACGCCAGAAUCGGCCGUCCUAGAUGGUGUGAUGGAGCCGGCGGUUGGCCUAUCUGCUAACCACAGGGACUUGGUCAAGUUCAAGAGCUCAAAGGAUGAACGGUACUUGCUGGUUCGCGGUCCUCUAAGACGUUCUAUCAACGGGUCAGGUCUUCGCAUUAAAGGUCGACACAACGCCACACGGCGUGUGGAUCAGGCAAUCAUUGAUAAGGCAAGAAGAGAAAUGGAAGGUGCAUCAGUCAAGAACAAGAGAGACGCUAUCGCGCGCAAUACUACGACUUCACCCUGGUUCUCCAAAGAGCCUGAGUUCAUAGGCUGGUUUUCGAAACCCCUCGAGGUAGAGGAAGCCUCCCUUGUCAAAACAUGCGAUUGCUUAUGGGUACGUGGGCGUGAUGGCCGUGGUAAAACGAGUGCAGCCUUGUCCGCAGUUGAGCAGAUUGAAGAAUGGGAGGAAAAAGAGACGCCUGGCCAAUCGUCACAGGUCUAUCUUGCUUAUUUCUUCUGCGACAAGACACCAGAGUACGGUACGGCUGAAGAGCUAUUGAAAUCUCUGAUCCAUCAGAUCAUUUCUAAGCAACCACUGGCUUCGGUGCACGUCAAGUUUUUGUUCAACAAGAAUGGCCGUGAUAAAGGCCGCGAGAAAGCAGCUUUGCUGACUGUGGAAAAUCUUUGGCAGGUGCUCCAGGAUAUUCUUUCUGAUGAUAUAUUUCUUGGGGCACGCAUGUACUUUGUCAUCAACAAUCUGGAAACCAUCUCUCCUGACGCUGUAUCCACCGCCACUUUACUGAGUCUUCUAGGCUCGGAAGUUCAGCAUGAUGGCACCGGCAGACGUUCACUUGUACGGUGGAUGUUCACCAGUGGCCAGUCUUGGGACAUUGACCAGGCGCUGCGAAAACCCCUGGUCCGCCUCGUAGAUCUUGAAGACGCGAAGUACGGUGACCAAGUCCAGUUGGAGCUUCGAAAGCACGCACAGAAGAAGGUGAAGGAACUGGUACAGCACAAGAGGUAUAGCAAGGCCCUUAUGUACUUCACCAGCAGCGUCAUCGGACAGCGAGCUCAGAACACACAAUGGAUAGACAUCACAUGCGAUUCCCUUGAAGAUCUACCCCAGCAUGAGAACGAUGUUCAAGUCCGCCGCCUGCUUGAAAAAGUCCCGCAAGAGCUGGAUUCUCUUCUUAAUGCUGCAUGGCAGGAUGUUUUUGAGAAGAAUCGAUCCAAAGCUGGUGAGAUCAAGGAGAUGCUGCGUGUGCUGGUUCUCACGUACAGAGACCCAACUGAGGCAGAGCUUGGCCUUCUGGCUGGUCUACAGUCUUCGAACGAGCAAGUGUCGGAGCUUCAUGACCUGAUCCUCAAGUGCAGACCGCUGAUAGUACUCAAGACAAACGAUGAGGAUGAGCCCACAGUCUGUUUCGCCUUUCCAGUGGUCAAGGUUCAUCUUCUGGAGAACGCUUACAAGUUGCUGGGCCUCACAGAAGGUGACAUCAAGUUGCAGCACGGAAUCCUCGGAUUCCGUGCGUUCAGUCAUAUCAUGGAGACCUUUGGCGAACUUGCUGAUGAGGUUGAGGGUGCACCACAAGGAAACGUUGACCAAGAAGGCGAGGAUGAAGUCGAAGGUAACGCGGAAUCAGUCUCUGACCAGCAGGAGAUUGAAUCCAACCAAGAGAAUGAAGCAACUGACACCAUUGAUUCACAUGAGAACAAUGCGGACAGCACUUCUGAAACAUCUAAUGAUGACGAAGAAGAGAACGAAGAAUAUCAGGAUGAAGAUGACGAAGCACCCCGGCUCAAAGACAUCGCUUUAGCCUACGCGGUCAUAUAUUGGCUCGACCAUGCUGGCCAAGCCACAGCCGACAUCGCAGAAGCACUUAGCUUGGAAAAGGAGUUCUGGGAGGGUGGUUCCAAGACCCGACGUCGCUGGCUGACUGAGUACAAUCGAUUGACGGGGGUUUUUGAUUACUUUGCACGUGCUAAGCUCACAGGACUACACGUUGCUGCUGCAAUUGGCUUUAGGGAUCUUGUCUCCGCACUGCUGGAGAAUGACUACGCUGAUGAUAUGAACACGUACGAUGAUCUUGAUAACCAGCCGCUUCAUUUCGCAGCCCAUAAUGGAAAGUCCGAGAUCGUCGAGGAGCUACUUAACAGAGGAGCUGAUAUCGACGCGGGGAAGGAGCGGCGUGCUAUCACUCCUCUGGGGAUGGCAGCACAAUCAGGAGAUGUCAAGAUUAUGACCCAGCUUCUACAACGAGGGGCGGAUCCAAAUGCCAUUGAUUCCGAAUCUGGAGCCGUAAUCUGCGCAGCCAUUCAGUCUGGAAACACUGAGGCUGUGAAGCUUUUGGUCGCUCACAACGUCUCGCUAGUGAGCCCUAAAGAGGACGAGGAUGAUUCUGGGUCUGUAAAAGAAGAUGGCGAGAAGGACGAGAAAGAUGGGGACGAGGAUGGAGACGAGGAUGAGGAUGAGGAUGAGGAAAGCGAGGACGAAGAAGAUGAUGAUGAUGACGAUGACGAGGAAGGCAUCAAAUCUCCUCUGGCUUUAGCAGCUAUGAGAGCUGACUUGUCAGUCUUUGAGUUUCUCAUAAGAGAAUAUUCUGAAAAACUGCCUCCCUCAGAAUUCGGAGUUGCACUUGUCGCAGCCGCAGAAUGGGGCCGAACAGAAGCAUUCACACGACUAUUCAACGACUUCGAACAAUCCCAGGAGGACAUACAGAAAGCUCUAUAUGAAGCAACAAGAUCUGCAGAUGGCCACUGGGAUAUUGUCACAAUGAUCCUUGAAAAGUACCCUGGCUUGAAUUGUGACAAAGCCUUCCUCUUUACAGCACAGGGAGCUGAUGGCGAUGAUGAGAUACGCAUCCUUGAAGCUAUGUGGGAAUAUACUGGAGGCAGCAUCUCUCCAGAGUCUCUAGAUGAGUCUUUAUACGAAGCGACGGAUCGUGAGAGUAAGAGGACGAUCGAACUUCUACUGCGAUAUGGAGCCAGCGCCAACGCAACUGGCGAGGUGUAUGGAGACGCUCUUACAGCUGCAGCCUUCGACGGUACCAUCGAUAUCGUCACGAUGCUUCUUGAUGCUGGUGCUGACAUUAACUCCGACAAUGGCUUUGCUCUCCAAACCGCUGCCGAGCAUGGUCAUAUGGAUGUGGUGAAACUCCUUUUGGAGCGCGGAGCUGACAUCAACAAACUAGCGACUCACGAUAAUAUGCCUGAAGGAACAGCACUGCAAGCAGCUGUCGAGUAUGGCAAUGAUGAAAUCGUCGACGUGCUACUUGAAUACGGAGCCGAUCCCAACCUCGGAGGAGGCAGUAACAAGUAUCCCAUCAUUGGCGCAGCAAAGAAAAUGGAAGAGGACAUUUUCGAGAAGCUCAUCAACGCCAAAGCCGACGUCAACGUCGUAGGUGGCUCCGAUGACACGACUCCCCUGGUAGAAGCGGCCUAUUAUCUCUCCGAUGACUCUCUGAAGCUCGUUUUGGAUGCCGGAGCCGAUAUCAACCAUAAAGACAUUUAUGGCAACACAGCUCUGAUGUGGGCCGCCGGGAAAGGAGAGGACGCGUCAGUAGAGCUCCUGCUUGAGCGCGGCGCAGAUGUCUUGGCCGUGAAUGAAGACGGCGACAAUGCAUUGCAGAAAGCCUUCCAUUCAAAUGACUACCUGACAACCUUGGCAGUGGUUGACCAUGUUUCUAAGUUGAUGGAUGCCAUGAGGGUCGCUAUGGAAUCUGGUGAUGCUGGUGUUUCUGCAGUGGUUCGAAGUGUGCAAAGCCAGGGACAGGAACUUGAUUACGAUGAUCCGCCUGCGCCGGUUUCGCCGGUCAAAGACGAAAGCAGAAGAAGCUCCGUGUAUGGAGGACUCCCACCAGAUACACCGCUUGUAACAACCAAUCCUGCAGCAAUCGACUUCCAUGCUGAGAAGAUCGUUGUCGAAGAACCACAAGUUGCUCCAGUUCAUGGUUUUGCUGCGCAAGAACCUAUAGGUAGGCCAUUUUUCCCGCCUGUUGAGAACUUGUACAGUCCCGCCACAGGCAUCCUUGACUUUGCUCACGAUCCACUGCUCAGGCGCCAGUCGGAACUUGGGCCAAUUUCACCAGCGCAGUCACCAGGACCGAUCAAAAGGAAGCCAAUUUCGGGUCCCAUGUACAGACCAUAUCAGCCUGGAACCGGAGACAACGUGCGGCACUCAACUCCACCUGGAUCGUUGGUGAAUGCUUUCCAAGCUUAUCAGCCAGGCCAGCAACAGACGCCACUUCAUGAAGUACAGUCUUCAUCGCCGCCGCCGCCAGAGGGUUUUACGCCGCCAAGUCAGACUUCACCUGAACCUGGGUUUGUUCCAUACGCGCCAGGUGUUCCGGGACAGCCUAGGCCAGAACCAGGCCGAAAGUCGUCGCGCACGUCGUUUAUGGGCAUGAAAGUUCCUUGGUCGGACCAUCGAUUUAACUGA